AUGGCUACCCCCACUGACUCAUCGCUUUUUGAAAAGCGAGAAGAAGGGAGGAAAACUGACGACCCUGUCAAUGGGAAUAUCGAAAAGAAGGUUGAAGGUGGUAACGAUGCUCACGCCGAAAAUGCCUCUCAAUCUGAUGCGACCAGUCGAGAGGAUGUUCCUCGGGUCCAUAAAUCUGGAAAACGCGAACUCACAGAAGAUGAUUGUUACGAAGCAUUGGGUUUCUGUUUUCCAACUUGGAAGAAAUGGACAAUCCUUACAGUAAUUUUCGUGGUGCAGAUGUCCAUGAACUUCAACUCCGGUGUAUACUCUGAUGCCGUAACUGGGAUUACUGAGGAGUUCCACAUUAGUGAGCAGGCCGCUCGUGUUGGUCAAGCUGUUUUCCUGAUCGCCUAUGCAUUUGGCUGUGAGCUCUGGGCCCCCUGGUCUGAGGAGUUUGGCCGCUGGCCUAUCAUGCAGCUCUCAUUGUUCUUUGUCAAUAUCUGGCAAAUUCCCUGUGCUCUUGCACCUAACUAUGGCACAAUUGUUGUCUGCCGUAUCCUCGGUGGUCUUAGCUCAGCUGGUGGCUCCGUCACCCUGGGCAUGACUGCUGAUAUGUGGGAACCCGAUGACCAGGGUUUCGCUGUCGCCUAUGUUGUGCUUUCGUCCGUAGGUGGCUCAACUAUUGGUCCCUUCUUCGGUGGUAUCAUCGCACAAUACCUCUCUUGGCACUGGGUUUUCUGGGUUCAGUUGAUCUUCGGUGGCGCCACUCAGAUCCUACACUUUUUCCUUGUCCCGGAGACCCGAGCAUCUAUCCUGGUCGACAAGGAAGCAAAGCGCCGUCGUAAAGCUGGCGAGGAAGAUGUGUACGGUCCUAACGAGAUGAAGACUCCCCGUCUGGAGGUGAAGGAUGUCUUAAGAAUCUGGAUCCGUCCUUUUGAGAUGUUCCUCCGUGAACCUAUAGUCCUCUUCCUUUCCCUUCUCUCUGGUUUCUCCGAUGCACUAAUCUUCGUCUUCACGGAAUCCUUUACCCUCGUCUUCGACCAAUGGAACAUGAGUACUCUCGCCAUCGGAAUGACCUUCGGCUCAAUCCUACUCGGUUAUAUCCUCGCAUAUCUCAUCUUCUUACCUGACGUCUACCGCCAAAUCCAUACCCGGAGAAAGCAUGGUGCCGCAUCCCGCUACGCAGAACGUCGUCUCCUUCUACUCCUUUUCAUCGCUCCACUCGAACCUAUCGGUCUUCUCGGUUUCGCUUGGACCUCAAUGGGUCCUCCAAUUCCCUGGAUCGCACCCUUGAUCUUCGCCUGCUUGAUCGCUAUGGCAAACUACGCCAUCUACAUGGCUACAAUCGACUACAUGGUUGCCGCUUAUGGACCAUACUCUGCCUCCGCAACCGGUGGUAACGGUUUCUCGCGUGAUUUCCUGGCCGGUGUGGCUACAAUGUACGCGACGCCCAUGUACGAGAAUAUGGGUGAGAAGUACCAUCUUCAGUGGGCGAGUACAUUGCUUGGAUGUGUUGGUUUCUUGGUUCUCAUUCCUAUUUAUGUCUUUUAUUGGAAGGGACCGGAGAUCCGUAAAAGGAGCAAGUUCGCUCAGGAGUUGGCUGCUGAUCGGGAGAUCCAUGCUGAGCGGAGAGCUAGUAGGGCUACCCCUGCUGCUACGCCGGCGGCUCAUGGAGCCCACACAGGGGCUCAAGAGUACUUCUCUUGA